AUGUCAGACCCCAAGCUCACCUCGUCCAUUGCUAUCGUCGGCGCCGGCGACGUCGGUGCUACCAUUGCCUACUCGCUCAUCAUGAACCCCGUCGCCGGCGACAUCCUGGUAAUCGACCCCCAGGAGGAACUCAGAGACGCCCAGGUCCAGGAUCUGUCAGACGCUACCUUUCACGGCAACACCAGCACACGCGUGCGAGCAGGGACACACAAGGAAGCAGGCCAGUGCGACAUUAUCGUCUUCACCGCCGGCGCAAAGCAAAAAAAAGGCGAGUCCCGCACCGACCUAAUCGGCCGCAACAAAUCGAUCCUCCAAUCCGCCAUCGCCGACAUGCAGCCCUUUGCCUCCCACACCAUCCUGCUCCUCGUCGCCAACCCCGUCGACGUCAUCACAUACUUUGCCCAGCAGUACUCGAAUCUGCCCAAAUCACAAGUCAUUGGGUCGGGCACCUUUCUCGACAGCGCGCGCCUGCGCGGCGUGCUUGCCGCCAAGGCCGAGGUCGCAGCGUCCAGCGUCGACGCCUAUGUGCUGGGCGAGCACGGCGAGAGCCAGUUUGUGGCGUGGAGCGCGGCGAGCGUUGGCGGCGUGCCGCUAGAGCGAGCGCUGCCGCCGGGGACGACUUUGGAUAGAAAUGGCAUCGCCGAGGGCACCAAGAACAAGGCAACGAGCAUCAUUGCGGACAAGGGCGCGACCAACUAUGGGAUUGGAGGCGUGGCGGCCAGUCUGUGCAAGAGCAUAUUGUCCGACCAGCGCAUUAUCCGCCCCGUCAGCCACUACCAGGAGGACCUGGGCGUCGCGCUCAGCUUGCCUGCUGUCAUUGGCCGCCAGGGCUUGCUCCGGACCAUUGACGUCGGACUCGAUGCGGAGGAGAAGGCGAAGCUGAAGAGGAGCGCCGACGCGCUCAAGGACGUCAUCAACGCCUAA